ACAUCAAAAUUUGCCGGCGAAGCGCGGGUGUAGUCACCGGCCUAAGAUGACGCUAAAAAGCGUCGUUGGAGCCUAUUUCGUCCUAAUCCCUAACCCCCUUCUCCUCUCUCUCCGUCGCGCGCUUUCAAAAGGUGAUCCCUAACCCCUACAGAAGCCAUCUCCUUCCCCGACCAAGUGCUCUCUUCCUCAAAUCCCCUUUUUCCCUCCGCAUUUCCGACCUCUGCCUCUACUACUCUUCCUCCCUCUCCAUCACCGCAGGCGGCAGCCUCAUCCUCGGCUCAACCUCGACUCCCCUCCUCUUUUCCCCGCUUCUCUUUGUGGCAUCGAGAAGCAGCGCGCAGAGAACGUCUCCGGCGAUGAUGUUUUCGCCCGCCUCUUCGCCGCCGUCGAGUCUGACAUCGACGACGCCCUCCAGGUCCUCCUCCUCUUUCUCCCUUCCAAGGUUUCUUUUUCCUAAUGUUUCCUUAGUGGCGCAUUUUUUUUUGUCCAUGUUGUGUAGAAAUCGGAGAUGGCGGCCGGAAGAAAAAUAGGGUGGUGGCGGAAGCGAUGAAUGCCGAGAUCCGGCACACCAAGGCCCGCUUGAUCGAGGAGUUGGCCCUCAAGAAGCUUGCUGACCAACUAUACUGCGAGUAUGCGGAUUUGGCCGUGCUGGAUCUCCGGCGAACUCCACCUCCCUCACCGCUAUCCUCCUUGCUUGCCACGAAUGCAAUAUUCUCAACCUUCUGACAGUGAGAAGAGUGGCAGGCAGCCAAGCACGACAUCCAUUCGAUGGAAUGCUAAAGAGAGACAUAAGCAUUAUUGCAUGUUGGGUGGCUAUACUGGUAAUGAGAACAAGAUAGCUCUUCACUUUAGUACUGCCUUUUGGCCUAAUGUAGAAAUUUUAGAAAUGGUUGCUCCAACAUCUUAUGCCUGUGGCUAUUUUCUCAAUCUCCACAAAGCAACAGGACAUCCCGUUCUUGUGUACAUGGCUGCUGGAAGGUUUGCUCAUGACAUUGAGAAACUAUCUGAAGAAGAAGCUGUUAACUUUGUGAUGCUACAACUUAAGAAAAUGCUACCAGAUGCCACAGAGCCAGUUCAGUAUGUGGUUUCUCGGUGAGGUACAGAUCCAGAUUCCCUUGGGUCCUAUUCUUGUGAUCUGGUUGAGAAGCCAGCUGAUUUGUAUGAGAGAUUCGCACUCCUGUGGAUAAUUUAUAUUUUGCUGGGGAAGCAGCAAGUGUUGAUCAUUCUGGGUCUGUUCAUGGAGCUUAUACAUCAGGUAUCUUGGCUGCCGAAGACUGCCGAAGGCAUCUAUUAUUGCAAUAUGGUAUCUCAGAUCGCUUCCAGAUUGUAUUAAGGGAGGAAAUGUCCGAAAUGAUACCCUUCCAAAUAUCUAGGAUGUAGUUUAUUUUUUGCUGGAUCAAUAACGAAACCGUGUAUUAUCUGGAAAUAAAUGGAAGUAGAUUUUUGUUUUUUUUGCCAUAUU